AAAAAUCUUCCUUACUGCGGCGCUCUGCUGUGCUCUGCUCCGUUCCCGCUCUCUCUAAACCGGGGAGAUAGGAAAAUAGAGAGAGAAAACGGUGAAGGAUAGCACUGAUCAAAACCCUAACCAUGGAUAGAUCCUCUAACAAGGAUAAAUCUUCCAAACGCUCCCGAGAAGACCGCGACCGUGACUCCACCAAAGACCACCGGGUCCGGGAGCGGGACCACAAACACCGAUCCCGAGAUAGGGACCGAGAUGAUAAACAUCGGGAGUCUGAUUCUCUCCACCGUCACCAUCGAUCGGACCGGGAAAGCCAUCGCGACUAUUACAAGUCGUCAAGGCGUGAGGAUCGGGAGAGCUCUAGAGACCGCGAACUGAAGCGGGAACGAUCGUACGAGCCGAGAGAGGAUAGGGAGGGGAGUAGGGAGGCGCUUGAGCGCUCUCACGAACCGCGAAGCAAUAAGAAAUCCCCCUCGUUAAGGCGCGAGGACCGAGAGCGGUCUCGUGAGAGGUCCUACGAUCUGAGAGAAGAUGGAGAAGGGAACAGAGAUGGACGCGAGAGAGAAGCAAAUGGAGAGAUGUCGUAUGAUAGUGAGGAUUUGGAGUAUGAAGCUAGAAGGAAGAGAAAAGAAAGAGGAGAUGACGAGGAUAGGGUUGUUGAGAGGGCAAAGAGGGCUAGGGUUUCAGAAGAGAAGAGAGAGAGGAAAAGAUUUGAGGAUAAAGUGAAAGAAGAGGAUAGUACUGAUGAGAAUGACAAUAAUAUCAGUAUUGAAAAUGCUAAGAGAAUGGAAUCAAGUUUGAUUAAUGCGAAACAAGAAGUGAAUGAUGAGCCAAUUAGCGGUAGUACUGCCAAUGGAGUCAAUGCUACUGACAAUGGUGCUGCCCUGGAAUCAUUCACUAAGCCAUCGAGCUUUUUGCCUGAGAGUCCUAUGGGAUCUGUUCAUCCUCUUCCUAUCAAGGUAUCUUCAAUUUCAAACACAAAUGAAAAUAGGGGAGUUAGUAUUACCAGAUCUCAUGAGGUUCCUGGAAAAUCUAGUACAGAUGGGGCAUCUUCAGCUGCUGGGAAGAGUGGAAGUCUAUCCCUUGAUGCUUUAGCAAAAGCUAAAAAGGCUUUACAAAUGCAGAAGGAACUGUCCGAGAAGCUGAAAAAGAUACCUCUAUUGAGCAAGGGUGCUAGCUCAAGUUCAGAUAAUAGGGCAUCAUCUCUUGUAAAGGAGGAGCUGAAAGUACAGUCGUCUAUUACUGGAGGAGUACAGGGGGUCAAUCCACCCACAUUCACUGCUGUUUCAGCAGGGACAUUGUCAAGUACAUUGGCUGCUGGGAAGCCACCUGCGAGUGGCAUGGAAUCUCUUCCUGGGCUUGCUAGCAUACCAAAUAUUGAAGCUGUUAAACGUGCUCAGGAGCUUGCUGCUAAAAUGGGAUUCCGGCAGGAUCCUGAGUUUGCUCCUCUUAUAAACUUGUUCCCUGGCCAGGUGCCAGCAGAAGUUUCUGUACCACAGAAACCUACGAAAGCCCCUGUUCUUCGUAUAGAUGCACUUGGUCGUGAAAUAGAUGAACAUGGAAAUGUAGUGAAUGUGACUAAACCAAGCAACCUUAGCACCCUAAAGGUUAACAUCAACAAGCAGAAAAAGGAUGCAUUUCAGAUUCUUAAACCUGAAUUGGAAGUGGAUCCUGAAUCGAAUCCUCACUUUGAUCAAAGCAUGGGGAUAAAUAAGAAUAAGCUUUUGAGGCCCAAACGGAUGAGUUUCCAGUUUGUAGAGGAAGGGAAGUGGUCGAAGGAAGCUGAAAUGAUGAAAUUGAAGAGUCAAUUUGGAGAAGAAAGGGCAAAAGAUAUGAAGGCGAGACAAGCAUUACAUGCAAAGGCAAAAGCAGCUCCUGAUAUAAAUCCCAAUUUGAUAGAGGUAUCAGUGAGGGUUAUAAUUAAAGAAAAGACCAAGGAGCCAAUUCCUGAAAUUGAGUGGUGGGAUGUACCUCUUCUGCCUAGUGGAACUUAUAGUGACAUUGAUGAUGGUGAUAUAACUGAGAAGUUGAAAAUGGAGAAGAUCACAAUCUAUGUAGAACACCCACGUCCCAUCGAGCCCCCUGCUGAACCAGCUCCUCCACCACCUCAGCCUUUGAAGCUAACAAAAAAAGAGCAGAAGAAGCUCCGUACUCAACGUCGUUUGGCUCGGGAAAAGGAUAGACAGGAGAUGAUUAGGCAAGGCUUGAUUGAACCCCCAAAACCUAAAGUCAAAAUGAGCAAUUUAAUGAAAGUUCUUGGCUCUGAAGCUACACAGGAUCCUACGAAACUUGAGAAGGAAAUCCGCAGUGCAGCUGCUGAGCGUGAACAAGCUCAUAUUGACAGGAAUAUUGCACGCAAGCUCACUCCUUCUGAGCGCCGUGAGAAGAAGGAGAAAAAGCUCUUUGAUGACCCAAAUAUUGUAGAGACGAUUGUUUCUGUCUACAAAAUCAAUGACCUGUCUCACAAGAAGACCCGGUUCAAAGUAGAUGUUAAUGCUCAAGAGAAUCGUUUAACUGGUUGCGUCGUGAUUUCUGAAGGAAUUAAUGUUGUGGUUGUUGAAGGUGGAAGCAAAUCCAUUAAGAGGUAUGGGAAGCUAAUGCUUAGGCGCAUAAACUGGGCCGAGGCUGUAGAAGAUGAAGAAGAAGAUGGAGAUGACAGUGACGACAAGCCGGUGAACAAAUGCGUGUUGGUGUGGCAAGGCAGUGUUGCAAAACCAAGCUUUAAUAGGUUUUCUGUACACGAGUGUGUAACUGAAGCUGCAGCUCGGAAAGUGUUUGCUGAUGCUGGUGUUGGCCACUAUUGGGAUCUUGCUGUCAACUUCUGUGAUGAUCAAAUGUACGGCUUGAUGAAACUAAUCUAAGGCUGUAGCAGGUGAUUUAAGAUAAUCUGGUUCAUAUUUAUUUAUUUUUGUUACGAUAUGCUAUUAAUAAAGUGUAAUGAUGUUCUCUA